UACAUUUAGUUCAAUUUGAAGUUUGCGAACAACAAGUGUUACAUUGUCAUAAAGUUUAGAAAUCUAUAAAUUUUAUUUCUAUCGAAAACAUGGGAAGAUCCAGAGUGUAUGUUGGAGGAAUUCCCCGUAAUACGGAAGAAUGGGAUCUGGAAGACUUUUUCAAAGGAUAUGGAAGAAUAAGAGAAAUUCUUAUCAAAAGGAGAUUCGCCUUUGUGGAAUUUGAUGGCAGCAGAAAUGCCAAAGAUGCCAUAUACGAAUUGGAUGGCAAAAAACUUCUGGGAGUGCGAGUGACUGUGGAUGUGGCAAGAGGAGAGCCCAAAGGUCGCGAUCGGUGGUCUGCUGGCCGCAGUAAGUACGGGACAUCGAUACGUACGAAACAUAGUCUACUAGGAAGUGGAAGUUCGCGCUCAUCUCAUAGUCGUAGCAACAGUUCACGCAGUAGAAGUAGAUCUAGGUCGAAGUCUGGACGUGAUCAGCUGUCCAGGAGGUCCGGUAGUUCUUCCGAUAACCGUUCGCGAUCACAUUAUAGUCGAAGCAGCAGUUCACGUAGUAGGAGUAGAUCUAGGUCGAAGUGUGGAAGUGACAAGCUGUCCAGGAGGUUCAGUAGUCCUUCCAAUAACCGUUCGCGAACUAAAUCAAGGUCGCCUUCCCUUUCGACCAUGGACCAAUCAAAGAGAAAUAUCGGCGGAAAGAAAUCACAUAGUCGUUCGAGUGGGUCGGCGCCAAGAUCUCGUUCAAGAAGUGAACAAUCGAAGGAUAGGUAUUCUGAUAGCAGGUCACGGAGUUUUAGUCGGUCGAGAUCGAAGUCCAACUGCUCAUAUCGGUAUGUCCAACGAUCCCGUUGUAGAUCUGGGUCGCAGACAUCAGAUUGAUGCUUCCAAUUUGGUUCCUGAAAUUCUCUUGUUUUUUGUCUGAUUACUAUGA